GCAAACCCAGGAGUAAGAGUAACGUCCCCUAGCUAUUUCUUUCCUCGGCUUCAUCAUCUCUUGUUUUCGUUUUCACUGCCGGAGUCUGAGAAUUCAUUUUUAGAAUUUGUUGGUCAGCACGAUGACCUCCAUAAACAAGAUCAUCCGUGGCGUGUUACAGCUCUUGAUCUGCGCGUCGUGGUACAAAGCCGUCGCGAGCAAAAUGCAGAUCCAAAGUCUGGAGGACAACAUUGCGGCAGAAAACUUUACAUAUUAUCGCUUGCAUCGACCUGGGACUUUGCGGCUCGAGCUCCUCAGUAUUGUUGGGGAUGUUGACAUGUACAUCAGUACCGAGAGCCAGCACCCUACGUACGCACAUUACGAUCUGAAGUCAGAAACGUGUGGCCUUGAUGUCAUCUCCAUACCCAGCUCAAUGUCAAGGCCAGUGUACAUCGGGCUCUUCGGACAUCCCAAUCACUUACAGUCAAGAUGUCGGCUGACCAUAUUUGAGGAGGAGGAGCCUGUCGUGGAUGACUACCAGUCGUAUGUGGAUAUGUUUGAAAAGUAUUACUUUGAUGGGCUGGACGAAAGCAGCUCGGAGCAAUCGUCUGGCAGGGAGAGCUCAUCAAAGACGUCCAGUAAACCAACGUCUAAAGACAACCGUCAAGUGGAUGAUGAGCUUCCAAUAUGGUGGAAAAUUUUGCUGGGAAUUCUUGAAUUUGGAAUAGAGGUGAUCUUGUAGACGCAUCUUUGUGGAGUUUUGCAACACAGGAGAAAGAUUCCAGUCCAAGUUGGGGUUGUUUUGGGGUUUUUUUGUCGGGUUAUUUAAUAUUUUUGUCCCAGUGAUCAAAGUUAGUUUUGAAUAUAAUAUGUCUUACGACGCAGUGAAAUCAGGUGCUCGUCAAUUUUUGGGCAUGUGGAGUUGUCAGUACUAUCUGAAAGCUGAUUUAUUUGCCUUGCUUUCAAUAAAAAUAGAUUAUAUGUAUGUGUCUAUCUUGAAUAGAACUUAAGAUAUCUGCAACUGAAAGAAAUGAGGUCGCCUGGUUUCAGUGGUGAAAUUAGUGUGAAAAUGGCUGCCGAAGUUUGGUAACUCCAAUAACUAAAGAG